GGCAACAUCAAAACUCAAACAUGACUGACUUGUUCAACAUUUUGAUUAUAUUGAACAAAUUCUCUUUACUUAAACCUCUCUAAUACUCGAUUAGUUCGGACAAAUAUCACAAAACCAUGGAGCACGAUCUUGACAAGUUCCCGUUACUCUCUUACGUCCUACACCAAUAUGAUUCUAACCACCACGAGCCGCCUUCUAUGGCGGUCCAACAAACUCUCGCCCCUUCUUUUCCACUUCUCUCCGACCCACAAAUCAUGUCUUCGUUGACUCAGUCCAUCCCCACCACCAUCACGCAGACUCUUUCCGUCUUGGCCUCUCUCGGACCACGACCAGACCCGUCAGCUGUUUCCUCUGCUCGCUCCAAGAUCGCUGAGAUCCUUCAAAAGGACUCUCUCUCGCCUGAGGAAGCGGCUAAGGAGGCCGAGAUGUACGCCGGGGCUGUGAGGUUGGAGGAGGUGCAUGAUAGCUACGAGAAGCAGCUGCGUGACUUGGAGGAGAAGCUUUCAAGGGUUUAUGACACGGAGGUGGAGUCUCUGUUGAGACGCCAAAAAGAAAUGAACGAGGAGGUUGUUAAGGUGCUCAAGGUGGCGGAAUCCGGCAAAGUCCUUGAGAAGAUUGAUCUCUCCGGUCAAGAACUUAAGUUUCUCCCUGAAGCUUUUUGGAAAAUUGUUGGCUUGGUUUCCUUGAAUAUCUCUGGCAACGACUUGACGUUUAUACCUGAUGCAAUCUCGAAACUGAAGAAGCUAGAAGAGCUUGAUGUAUCUUCAAACUCUCUUGAAUCACUUCCUGACUCUAUAGGAAUGUUGCUUAACCUUAAGAUUCUUAAUGUGUCUGCCAACAAUUUAACUUCACUCCCUGAAAGCAUAGCACACUGCAGGUCACUGGUUGAGUUAGAUGCAAGUUACAAUAACUUGACUUCAUUACCUACAAACCUCGGAUACGGAUUACAGAAUCUGGAGAGGUUAUUGGUCCAGCUAAACAAACUCCGUUACUUUCCAGGUUCCAUAAGUGAAAUGUACUCCCUUAAGUAUCUUGACGCACACAUGAACGAGAUCCAUGGGCUUCCAAGCUCCAUAGGGAAACUAACGAAACUCGAGGUUCUAAACCUAAGCAGCAACUUCAACAACUUGAUGCGUGUCCCAGACGCAAUCACUGAUCUAACUAACCUGAGGGAGCUUGAUCUAAGCAACAACCAAAUCCAAGCGAUACCCGACUCGUUUUAUAUGCUGAAGAAGCUAGAGAAACUGAACUUAGACCAUAACCCACUCGAGAUCCCGUCUCAAGAAGUGGCUAAACAAGGAGCUGAAGUGGUUAGAAAGUUUAUGAAGAAGAGAUGGGAUAUGAUUAUGGCAGAGGGGCAAAAGAGGAUUGGUGUUGAGGCUGAGCGACAUGGAGAUGGAGCAUGGUGGGUCAUAUGGGGAACCUCUAUGGUUACUAAUCUUGUUUCCGGGGUUUCUCAGACCGUUGGACCUGGUGAUGGAGAUAAGAAAUCGCAUUUUUAUAACCAAAUCUAAGUUCUACUUGAGUUUUGUUUUGAAUAAUUUUGGGUGAAUUCUUGUGAAGAAAUCAUCAUUAGCUUGUUUAUGGUCUUGGCAACUUUGUAACAUAAGAAACUGUUAUUUUUAAAUUAUAAUUUUUCUCACUA